UUGUGGCUGCAGUACUGAAGGUACCUUCAAAUCGGGUAGUAUGUCAUGUAAAACGAGUUGGAGGAGCGUUUGGUGGAAAAGUAACAAAAACAGGUUGUCUUGCAUCGAUCACCGCAGUUGCUGCUAACAAGACAAAGCGUGCAGUGCGCUGUGUUCUGGAGCGUGGGGAUGACAUGCUAAUAACAGGAGGACGCCAUCCAUACCUUGGAAAAUAUAAAGUAGGGUUCAUGAAUGAUGGUCGGGUGACUGCUCUAGAUGUGUCCUAUUACAAUAAUGCUGGUUCUACCUCUGAUGACUCCAUCCUGGUAGUUGAGGUUGGUCUAAUGAACAUGGACAAUGCUUACAAAAUACCCAAUCUAAGAUGUAAAGGAACUGCAUGCAAGACCAAUCUCCCAUCAAACACUGCUUUCCGAGGGUUUGGAUAUCCACAAGCUGCAUUUGUAACUGAAACUUGUAUGAGUGAAAUUGCUAUUAAGGCGGGGCUCCCAUCUGAGAAGGUUAGGGAGCUCAAUUUGCACAGAGGGAUUGGCCAAACACACCUGAAACAGGAGAUAGAUGCCAGAACCUUGAUAAUGUGCUGGAAUGAGUGCAUGGAGAAAUCUUCUUACCAUAACAGACGACUUGCCAUUGAAGAAUUUAAUAAGCAGAAUUACUGGAAGAAGAAGGGAUUGGCCAUCAUUCCCAUGAAAUUUCCCAUUGGAUCCAUUGUUAAAUUUUUUGGACAGGCUGCAGCUCUUGUUCACAUCUAUCUGGACGGAUCAGUGUUGAUUAGUCAUGGUGGGGUAGAGAUGGGACAAGGAGUCCACACAAAGAUUAUGCAGAUUGCAAGCAGAGAACUGGACAUUCCUAUUUCAGAAGUGCAUGUUUCUGAGACCAGCACAGGUUCCGUCCCCAACACAUUGGUCUCAGGUGGCUCUCUAGGGACUGACGUCAAUGGAAUGGCAGUGAAGAGUGCUUGUGAAACUCUUAUUAAACGUCUGGAACCCAUUAAAGAGGCUAAUCCUAAAGGUUCAUGGAAAGACUGGGUAAAAGAGGCAUUUUUGCAGUCAAUUAGCUUGUCUGCCACUGGAUAUUUCAGAGGAUUUGGCAGAGAAAUGAACUGGGACAAAGGAGAAGGGGAUCCAACCCUUUACUAUGUGUUUGGAGUUGCAUGUUCUGAGGUGGAAAUAGACUGUCUUACUGGAGAUCACAAGAACCUCCGGACAGACAUUGUCAUGGAUAUUGGCUGCAGUAUUAAUCCGGCUGUGGACAUAGGGCAGAUUGAAGGUGCCUUUGUUCAAGGAUUGGGAUUAUUCACAAUUGAAGAACUGAAAUUCUCUCCUCAAGGAGUGCUGUACACCCGUGGGCCAGCUCAGUAUAAAAUCCCAGCAGUAUGUGAUGUGCCUGAGCAGUUCUACGUGUCCUUGCUCGCCAAUGCUCCCAACCCACAUGCUAUAUAUUCUUCCAAGGGUGUUGGUGAGCCAGCUCUGUUCCUGGGCUCCUCUAUUUAUUUUGCCAUAAAGGAUGCAUUGACAUAUGCCAGAAAAGAAAGAGGAAUGUCUGAACUUUUUACUUUAAACAGUCCUGCAAGCGCAGAGAAGAUCAGGAUGGCAUGUGGUGACAAAUUCACUAACAUGAUUCCAAGAGAUGAGCCUGAUACCUUUGUCCCUUGGGCUAUCAAUAUAUGAACAAACUGAUCUGUGCUAAAGGAUCUUCAUUAUUCAACU